GAGCAAACAUCUCUGGAGUCGGGAUCCAUCGUCAUCUAUCAUCCACAAACGGUUGAACGCUCCGCCAAGUCGCCGAUUCUCUCAGCGGUUUCAUCCUCCCUCAGACGCCAACAAGCAGCACAUCAGCAGAACCGCAGCACGCCUCUUCAGUCGUCAACUACUCACAUCACUCCCGUCGCUCAGUCGCCUGCUCUCCGCCACUCAGCCUUCAGCGGCUCAGUCAAUCGGCGCUUCCCUCAAUUUUCACAUCCAACCAUUCGUAGUCCCGCUGUCCAUAAGAAUAUUUCGAAAGACAAGAAACAGUUAAGUAUGAUUAGAGGAGGGAGGAAUCUAGUCUCUUCAUCACCAGCGUUCUCAAAUGAUGGGAAGAAGCUCCUUGUAUGCACUGCCAACACCGUGUCUAUAUUCAGCACAUUCACUGGUUUACAGAUUGGUGAGCUGGAAGGUCAUACAGCUUUGGUGACAUCGGUGAUUGUUGUGCCAGCAACAACACCAGCGAGUAAAAUACUGUGCUAUUGCUGGACGGCAUCACUUGAUGGGACAAUUAGAUAUUGGGACUUUUCAGCGCCUGAAUUGAUGAAGACUGUUAAUAUUAAUGCCCCAAUACAUUCCAUGGUGAUUCCAGGACUAGCAUGUCAAACUCCAGAGAGCACUGAAAGAUCUAUGGAUCUUUUUGCUUAUAUUUCUUGUCAGGACAUGAAUAAAAAGGAUGGGCAAGCUCCUAGUUGGCAGAUACAAAAGUGUAACUUAACAAAGUUCCGUCUGAGUGGCGGUGUGGUAUUGGCAAAGAGUGAAAGACCACAGUUAAUCACUGUCAGCCCCAGUGGAAAGUAUUUUGGCUUCUGUGAAAAGCGCAAAAUCCGCAUUUGGAAAGUCCCAACAAAAGAGUCUGAUCAUGCCGUACACAAAACAAUCAGAUUGCAUCAUACCAAAGAAUUAAAAGUUCUAGCUUUUCAUCCAACUGAGAGAAUUGUAGCUGCAGGAGAUGCUACAGGAAGAAUUUUAAUAUGGAGGCAUUUUGGUGAAAGAAUGUUUUCUGUUACUGAAAAACUGGAAAAUGGAGAUGCAAUGAUGGUUGAAGAGAGACCUGGAGUAAGAGGGGAUGACGAUGCUGAUUCGUGCACCACAUGGCAUUGGCAUUCUGCAGAGGUGAAGGUCUUGUUUUUAUCAUCGGACGGUGCCUAUCUCUACUCAGGUGGGAAAGAAGGUGCUAUUGUUGUUUGGCAGCUAGGUACAGGAAAGAAAAAGUUCGCACGAAUAGGAAGUCCACUUUCAUAUUUUACAAGCUCGCCUGAUCCUUCAGUAUCUUCAGUUUCUUGUGCAGAUAACGCACUUCAUCUGCUUAAAACACCGUCUAUGGAAAUACUGAGGUCCAUAUCAGGGAUCAAGCUUCCAAGUUCAGUGUUGGAGAUAUAUAAUGGUCCGUGCCAUGACUCUGUCUUUGAUUCUACUGCUGGGACAGUUGCAAUUCGUACAGAAAAUGGCUGCAUCCAAUUCUUUAGCCUGUUGGAUGACCGUGAAAUUUCACUGGUUCAAGUCUGUGAAAGAAAUCAUCAACCAGGUGAUGAAAUCAGGAUCACAGUGAAUAUGGUGGCUCUCUCUCCAGAUGGCUGUACCAUGAGUACUGUAGAGACUAGGCUACCUGAAGAAGGAAUUGGAGGCCUCAUAAGUCUAAAGUUCUGGACAAGUGGCUCUGAAAGCAAAGGCUUCAGCUUGUCCACUGUUAUAUAUGAACCACACAGGGAUGCUGGAGUUUCUGCAAUUACUUUUCGUCCUACGCAUAGCAUGGCCGUAAGCUCAUCAUAUGGUGCUGACUUCAAAAUCUGGGCUUGCAAUAGUGGUGUUCAACUUGGAGAUCAGAUGAAUAAUGGUGGAUGGACAUGCCAUGCUGUUGGUUCAUACAAAAACAAGCCGAUGACAGCCGCUGCGUUUUCUGCUGAUGGUUCUGUUCUUGCUGUUGCUGCAGAAAGAGUUAUUACUUUGUGGGAUCCUGACAGGAAUGUGCUUGUGGCUACAAUUGGAGAGAGUUUUGAUCCAAUUUCAUCACUGUCUUUUAUUGGGAAGUCAGAGUAUCUAGUAUCAUCAUCAAAAGGUUCUAAUCCACAGUUGUCUGUUUGGAGUAUGACAACACUAUCUGUGUCCUGGUCUUACAAGAUCCACGCAGAAGCGGUAUCAUGUGCUGUGGAUGGCUCGUCUUUUGCUGUACUUGCACUUCUUCCUGAUUCAGCCAGGAAAAUUGCUUCUUCCAAUGAAGCAUCAUUGAAGGGUGUCGAUGGGGUAGUUUUAUUGUAUAAUGCAGAAAGUCCUGUUCCUUUGGCUACUUGGUUUGUAAAGAAGGCUCAAGGUGGAGGGAUUGGUUUUAUUCUUCGAAGUGAUGAAACAGAAGAUUUUGCAGAUAGAAAACAAUUGCAGUUAUUGUGCUACAUAAAAAGUGACAAAGAGUAUGUUCUCUUUGACCCAUACAGUGAGCAAUUUCACGAACAGACAAUUACUCAGAGACAAAGGUUUGCUCACUCAGAAGAAACUGGGAGGUUUGGGUAUGCAUCUAUGUAUGGGGAAUUAGCAGAGUUUCACCUAAAGCCAAACCAAACUUCACUGGACUCAUCAUAUUUACCAUCAGAAAGGCCUUGGGAGACAUUAUUUAGCGGCCCAUCUCAUGCUCUUCCUCCUCUUCCCAAACUGUGCUCAGCUUUUCUCGAAUCAUUACUCGAGAGGAGGACAACAGCUGUGGAGUGAAUCUCUCCCAACUUCAGUUUUUAUCGUGGUUUUCUGAUGUGAAUUCAUCUUCAGUUGCUUUCGUCAUGACUGCACUGAGAACCCCAGAGAUUCAACGGGAGCAGUGCACUCCCCAAAACGUGAAGUAACAACCGUCAAUGAGGUCAUGUUGCUGUUGUACCCCAAUUUUGUUAUCGUCUUAUUAUAGACACUUGUCCAAAAAUCACAUGUUGACAAAAUCAUAUUUAGGCAUUGUAGUUUAUUUAAUUUUCUUGUAGUCGGAUAAUGGUCAGGAGGAUUUGAAAGGCAUGAUAACAAUUAGUAUUUCCAAUGUUUGUAGUCAAUCUAUCCACUUGAUUUGGCUGAUAGUAGUAAAUCGUUUACGUUUUCAUAAAUUGUUCAUAAACU